AUGUCGGAUAGCGAUGACUACGGCGACGGUUACGACGACACUGAGUUCUUCAAUGCGGCGACGCAGGUCGAAACAGACGACACGCCUACAUUCCAGCCGUCGCCACGAGCAACCAAGCGCCGUAAGAUCAGUGAGGCACGUGACAAGGCCAAGUCCAUUCCGUCCAAGCAGACACCGAAUCGACGACGACAACCAUUCGCAGGGUCAUCUGACGAAGACGUCUCUGAUUUUGCAGCCAACAGCGGCAAUGAGUCCUUCAAUGCACGAAAGCGGCCAUCAACUCGCAAUAAGAGGGCCACAUCCAAGCAGCAUGACGGAAUAGACGGGGAGGAUAUAUCGCCUGUACGAGCUACAGUAGCUCAGAAACGGCGAGAGCGCAUACAUAUCCCGACAGCAGACCUUGAUAUGACAGACGUCUUCUUCACCCAACCGCCACGAGAGCAUUCUCCGCCGUGGAAGCCUAGAGGCGCAAUCUGGGCGAAGCCGACCAGUAUCGGAGUGCACAAAAACUCCGCGGAGCCUACGAGGCGGAGCGGACUGGAUACAAUGAAAACCAUGGCCUUGCCUACUCCCGCAGUUGCUGGCGCGUCGGCAGCUUAUGAUUACACGCAGGACCUCGCUGACCUACCCUCUGAUGCGUUCUCAUCCUCAGCAGGAUCACCGCAAAAGCCGGACGCGGACGACGUCACCUUUAUGUCGGAAACUCGUACAAGAGUCAUGGCACCUCAGACCGGGUUGCGACAAACUACUUUAUUUGGAAGACAGGGUGUCGACGGUCAAAUUCCACCAUCGCAACUAAACAAGCGUUACAAUUUUGUCGUCGACCAAAGGCAGGAGCCUCCAACUCACCACAAACUCGACCAGGAAGCCCUGAAAACAUGGGUGUAUCCGACAAACCUGGGAACUAUCCGCGAUUAUCAGUUUAACAUCGUGCAAAGAGGUUUGUUCCACAACCUCCUCGUUGCUUUGCCUACCGGACUAGGAAAAACCUUCAUUGCAGCAACAGUCAUGUUAAACUGGUAUCGCUGGACAGUCGACUCGCAAAUCGUGUUUGUUGCGCCAACUAGGCCGCUUGUGGCCCAGCAGGUUCAAGCUUGCUUUGGUAUCGCUGGUAUCCCUCGAUCCGCUACCACUAUGCUUACGGGAGGAAUCAAAACCGGGAUAAGAUCAGAGGAGUGGAAGAGCAAGCGUGUGUUCUUCAUGACACCACAGACACUGUUGAACGACCUCAAGCACGGGUACGCAGAUCCCAAGAAGAUUGUCCUCAUUGUAGUCGAUGAGGCGCAUCGCGCGACCGGAUCAUACGCAUACGUAGAGGUAGUCAGCUUCCUUCGACGCUUCAAUCAGAGCUUCCGUGUUCUGGCUCUCACAGCUACUCCAGGCGCCGAUGUCGAGGCGGUCCAAAAGGUCAUCGAUGGGCUUGACAUCUCGAAGGUGGAGAUUCGAACCGAAAACUCAAUGGACAUCUGCAGCUACGUGCAUCAGCGUAGGGUUGAGAAACGCGUCUUCCAAAACAACGAGGAGAUGGAGAUGUGCAUGGACUUGUACAGCCAGGCUUUGCAGCCAUUGGUCAACCAAGUCGCGGGAAUGGGGGCGUAUUGGAGCAACGAUCCGCGAACACUCACGCCGUUCGGUUGCACGCAGGCAGCAAGCAAAUGGGUAAACGAGACUGGGCGGCAUGCGAACCAGGGUGUGAAGAACAUGGUCCGCACUAUCCUGACUCUGCUGGCAUCUAUUUCUCACGGCAUGGAUCUGCUCAAGUUUUAUGGCAUGGCGCCCUUCUACACAAAGCUCAAGGAUUUCAGGGACGAUAGCGAAAAGACGAAGUCAAAGUAUAAGAAGCAGAUUCUUGAUAGCGACGCUUUCAAGAAGCUCAUGACUCGGCUAGAGAUGUGGCUCAACGAUGAGACCUUUACCGGACACCCCAAACUCGAGUACGUGCAGGAGUGCAUCCUAGAGCACUUUGUCAAUGCUGGCGAUGGACCAAACGCUUUGCAGACCAGAAUCAUGGUUUUUGCUCACUUCCGAGAUAGCGCUGAAGAGAUUGCUCGCAUAUUAAAGAAACACGAGCCCAUGAUCCGGCCUCGUGUGUUUGUUGGCCAAGCAGCAGCAAAGAACUCGGAAGGCAUGAAUCAAAAACAGCAACUUGAAGCAAUCGAAGACUUCAAGGCAGGCAAAUUUAACACCCUAAUUGCCACCUCCAUCGGCGAGGAAGGUCUCGACAUCGGUGAAGUCGAUCUCAUCAUCUGUUACGACUCAAAGGCGUCACCGAUCCGCAUGUUGCAGAGGAUGGGGCGUACUGGUCGUAAGCGCGAGGGAAAGAUCAUCAUGCUUCAAAUGCAAGGAAAGGAGGAGAACGAUGCCAACAAGGCCAAAGACAGCUACGAAAAGAUGCAAGAGCUCAUUGCAAACGGGUCCCAUUUUACGUUUCACGAUGAAACAUCCCGAAGGAUUGUACCAACGGAUGUUAAACCUGUUGUCGACCGCCGGAUCGUCGACAUCCCUCCAGAGAACUCACAGGGAGACUGGCUUCCCGAGCCCAAAAAGAAGGGUCGAGUAAAAAAGCCUCCAAAGAAGUUCCACAUGCCGGAUGGUGUUCUGACCGGCUUCGUUACCGCGGGGCGGAUGGACGAAGAGAUCGUCCCUAAGGGACGUGGCAAGAAAGCGCCUGUUAUCACGUACCCAAGCGAGGAGGCGAUAGAGAUACCAUCAUUCGAAUCGGUGCUGCUAAACGAAAUAGAGACGAACGAUCUAGAGAGGCGGUUUCAGACUGUGUACGAUGACGACGACGCACCGAUGGUUAGUGCUCUGGAUCUCGGUCAAUACGCUGAUCAUCAGCGGACGUUAACCAAGACACACCUUCUGUCAAUAUCCGGACGAAACACACGGGAUUUUGUAGCAAUGAUGCAGCGCGUCCACGAUAUGGACACCAACCGUGUCGAGUCCUUCAAACAAAACCUCCACCUUGCCGAUUACGAGUCGGAUAGUUUGGACAGCAAUAGUCUCAUCGCAGAUACAGCAGCGCGGCCGGCGAUACGCGACGAUAUGUGGGCUGAUGAUGAUCCUGCAUCACAGGAGAUCGUCAAGUCAAAAGCAAAAAGCAAAGCCAAACCAAAGGCAGCACCAAAGCCAAAAGCCAAACCUGAAUCCCAACCAAAGGCGAAAGUACCGCUGGAGGCCCCCGCUGCUCGUGGCCGCCCACGGAAAGAAGCCGCCACAGUAAUUGCUGCAUACACGCCAGUUCGACCGUCGAAUGUAAUCUUGCAAACACCACAGACAAGAACACCCGAUUGGGGGGUAUCGGCACUGGCUGCGGAGGGCGAGGGCUCGUCGCCACCUCCUACAGAUCCUCGUUUCCGUAUAGCCUCGCAAGCGGAUACUAUAGGCUCUCAGGAUAGCAUGGCUGGUAUGGAGGCGGAAGAUAACUCUCUCUGGAGAUUGGAUUCAGACCUUCAAAGUUUCAUUGUCGACAGCACAGUUGUGGAAGAAGAAGUCCCGGCAUCGAGUCUGCCCAACCUUGACUUCAAUGGCCUCGGAAAGGCCACACAGGCGAUGAUCAGAUCCGCUACAAAGACAAAGAGACCCGCAAGAGCCGAGAAGCUCUUCACUAGCGACGUUACGGACAACGACGCGGUGGUUAGCAGCGACAGUGACAACGAUGCACCUUUGCUUGACCCGGGCAAAGGUGCAACUAGAAAGCACAUUUGUGUUAUAGACUCUUCGGAGGUGUCUUCGCCGGUAAAACAGAGGAAGAGAGCGCGAAGGGUGGUUUUGGAUGACGACGAUGAUGAUGAAUGAACCUUACAUGCAUGUAUAUCAAGACACUAGAUGGCUCUGCCAGCGUCGCAGCAAUGAUACCUUUUUCGCACUUUGGCUUAUGCAAAUUGUUUCCAGUACUCGGGUUCAAAGCCUUCCAGUUGCUGCGUGUACAAAUUCCCAGCUUUGACCCAGCCUUUGAUGCCGCCUUCAAGGGUCAAAGACUGCAAUUGAUUGUCGUCUUGUUCGGCAAUGUAGUCUGCGAACCAGCCUGAACAGCGCGGGCCUCUGCCAUUUGACGAACCUAACACGUUUCAGCCACCGUGCAGUCAGCGAGGCGAACACCCGGCAACAGCAUGACACUGGGCUCACAUUCCCCACAUCAUCAAUGGAGUUGCGUUACUUACCACAAUAGAACGCAACCUUCU